UUUAAAAAACGAAUUAAACUUUUUUAUUUGAACUCGAUUUAAAUUCAACCUAAAUGAAUUUUAACUAAAUUAAGUUAAUUUUUGAGUAUAGGCCAACUUGAUUCAUGUCCAACAUUAAAGUUAAAAGAAACCCUUACUCCUAAAUUGAACCGUUGAAAUAUUUUAUGGUGAAUUUCUUUACAUUACUGUUAUUACUAUAGAUUUAGUGAUAUUAUGAUGUCUCCUGAGUAUUCAUGUUAACAUGUCUGCAGCCUCAAACAAAUUUUCAUCCAUUUUUUUUGGUAAUUUUAUUUAUUUAUUAAUUUAUUUUAUUUUUACUGAAUUGGAGGUGUUGUCGGUGUGUUGGAACUCGGCUGUUUUAACAACGGCGUGGAGUAGAGCUAAUCAAUGUCAUGGUGAAAAAGGAAUGAUGCGGCGUAUCUUAGCGAGGAGCGGGCGCUAGUUAACGAAGUUUUUGUGGAUGAGUGAAAAGAGGCGUGACAUCACGCCAGAUACUGAAGCGUGGAGCCAACGACUGUGAGUUAAAGUGAUAAGACAUGCAGUCUGCAGGACAAUAAUUUAGAGGAGUUUACCUGAGGAAGAAUGGCACAAGAAGACGCUGGAAUUACGAAGGAAUUGAUAAAGAAAAAGAUAUUAAGAAACUGCUGGGAAUGCUGUUUUAGAAGUUGGAAAGUGCUUAAGUGCUCCGAUCGGGCGUCAGUUUAUGUACUUGUACAACUACAAAACCAACUUUCACAAUCUUGAAAGAGGAGCUGGAAAGCUGAAGGAUGCAAGAGAUGAAGUGAAGGCUAAGGUUGUUGCUGCUGAAAAAAAUGUGGAAAAGGUCAAACAGAAUGUUAAGGACUGGGAGGGGGAUGUGGAUUCCACCAUCGAAGAAACAGAGAAGCUGAUUCAAGAGAAAUCAAAUAGCAGUUGUUUCAACUUGAUCACUUGCUACAAAAAUGGCAGGAAAGCAUGGAAAAAGCUGAACGCUAUAACUGAACUUCUUCAGGAAAAAGAAACAUUUGCUCAAGUUUCUCUUCCUACCACUGAUGAAGUCAUUCGGCUCACUAACAAAGAUUAUGAGGAAUUUGAAUCAAGAAGGUCAAUUUUCAACGAUGUACUUAAGGCAUUAGAUGAUCCUGAGGUGGGAGUUAUUGGGGUUAAUGGGAUGGGCGGAAUUGGUAAAACCACACUGGUCAAAGAAGUUGGUCAUCAAGCCAAGAAAAACCUGAUCUUGGAUGAGGUGGUUUUCGUAGAGGUAUCUGAUAAACCAGAUCCUAAAAAGAUUCAAGAUGAACUUGCGCGUCAGUUAGGUGUGAAAUUUGAUCCGGAGGCUGAUCGAGCGAGCAAGUUGUAUGCGAGACUGAAGAAUGAUAAGAAAGUGCUUGUAAUUUUAGAUAAUAUAUGGGAACAAAUAGAUUUGGAGGCUCUCGGUAUUCCUUGUGGAGAUGACCGUGGAGGAUGUAAAUUAUUGCUGACAGCAAGAGAUCUUAAUGUAUUAUGGAGUAUGGAUUCUAAGAAUAAUUUCUCGAUGGGUGUCUUAAAGGAAGAAGAAGCUUGGAGCUUAUUCAAGAAGAUGGCAGGUGAUGUGGUUGAUCGAACAAAUAAACUGAAUUCUCUGCCAAAUGAUGUAUGCAUCGAAUGUCGGGGUUUGCCAAUUGUUAUUACUACCAUAGCAAGAGCAUUAAGAUACAAGAGACAUCAAUCUGAAUGGAAAGAUGCCCUACGAGAAUUGAAAAAGCCUUCUCCAACAAAGUUUGCUGGCUUGCCAGAAAAGGAAUAUGCAAAGAUAGCAUUGAGUUACAAUUAUCUAAAACGUGACGAGCUCAAGGAAACUUUACUAAUUUGUAGUCUAAUGGUAAAUAAUAGUACCAUUUUAGACUUGUUCAAACUCAUUAUGAGUUUAAAUAUACUAAAAGGAGCUAACUUCACUAUGGAAGAAACACGAAAUAAGCUGGAAAGUCUUGUCUAUGAACUCAAGUAUUCGUGUUUGUUGCUUGAUGGUUCAACCAAUGAACGGUUAUCGAUGCAUGAUGUUGUUCGUUCAGUUGUCAUAACAAUUGCAUAUAAAGAUCAUCACGUAUUUACAGAGCGAAAUGACAUAAGGGUGGAAUGGUCAGAUAAAGAGCAAUUGAAAAAAUGCACUAAAAUCUCACUAAUAGAUUGUAAUAUGAUUAGUGAGAUUUGGUCUCAAGGUUUGGAUUGUCCAAAACUUGAAUUUUUCAGUUUGGUGAUGGACGAUUCUUUUGAAGUCCUCGAAGAUUUUUUUUCGGGGAUGCGAAGCCUCAAGGUUCUAAGUUUCUUUCACCUAGAUGUAUUGUCCUUGCCAACAUCUCUUGCUUUUCUCACAAAUCUUGAAACGUUAUGUUUGGAUAAUGGCUCAUUUUCAGAUAUAACAGUUAUUGGAGAGUUGAGAAAACUAAAGAUUCUUAGUUUGCGAUAUUGUGAGAUUAAACAGUUGGCUGGAGAAAUAAGUAAAUUGACUCAGUUGAGGUUAUUAGAUUUAAGUUGUUGUUGGAAAUUAGAAGUUAUAGUACCAAAUGUUAUAUCAAGCUUAUCCCUAUUGGAAGAAGUAUAUAUGAGCAGAUGCUCUAUUUCAUGGAAGCUUGACAUACUUGAAGAGUUGAUGGGUUUGUCCAAUUUGACAGCUUUAAAAAUGGAUAUUUCUGAUGAUCAAAUAUUGCCAAAAGACUUCAUCUCCAAAAAGUUAGAAAGGUACAAAAUAUCAAUUGGAAAUAAGGCUAUUGAUUUUGGUAGGCACUUCAUAUAUGGUGGUGAUUAUUCGAAGUACAUGAAGGUUAAAAGCUAUUCAUUAAAUAAGCCUGCUUCUUUAAGAACAUUGAAACUGAAUCUUAAUUUUUUCAUUUGGCAAGAGGAGUUGCAGUUGUUAUCGAAUGUUGAAUUCUUAUGCUUAGACAAAUUGCAGGGUAUCAAGAAUGAUCUCUCUGAAUUAGACAAGAAGGGUUUUUCUCAUUUAAAAUAUCUUUAUGUCCAUAAUAAUCUUAACAUCUCGUGCAUUAUUGACUCAACAAAGUGCACACCUCAUGAUGUCUUUCCACUCUUGGAGUCUUUGGUUUUUUUCAACUUGACGAACUUGGAAAAGAUAUGUUAUGGUCUACCCUCAACAAAGUCUUUCUUCCACCUCAAAUUUAUAGAAGUGAAAAGUUGUGAUAAGUUGGAAAAUAUCUUCUCAUUCUCUAAUGCUAGCAAAAGCCUUCCACAGCUUCAAUUAAUUAAGGUGGAAGAUUGCAAUAAUUUGACUGAGAUUUUUGCUGUUGAAAGUAAAAAUAGAGCAGACAAGAAUGAGGUAAUUGAUAAGAUUGAAUUUUGUCAAUUACGCUUCUUGACUUUGAUUAAUCUUCCAAGGAUUACGAGCUUCUACUCAAAUGCAAAUACAGUUUCAACAUCGCAAAAGACACAGAAAGAAUUGACAAUUAAUUUAGAGUCCAAUGAUAUCAUUUCGGAGGAUGAGGAAAUUGAUACUGUCAUACCAUUUUUUAACCAAAAGGUUGUUUUUCCUUGUUUGGAAGAAUUAAAUCUUAGAGCAAGUAAUUCUGAGAAGAUUUGGGACAACAAACUUCCAACAACCUCUUGUUGUUAUCAGAAUUUGAAAAAAUUGAUUGUGGAUGGCUGUCAAAAACUAAAAUUUGUAUUUCCAUCAUCUAUAAUCAAAAGCUUUGAGCAGCUUCAACACCUUGAGAUAAGUUGUUGCAAAGAAUUAAAAGAGAUUAUUGCCAAAGAAGAAACAGAGGGUACUACUACAUUUAUCUUUCCAAGGGUAACCUUUCUGAAAUUCAAAGAAUUGUCAGAGCUUACAACUUUAUACAAUGGAAAAUACAACUCAAAUUGGCCAAUGUUAAAGGAGUUGAAGAUGUGUGAUUGUAGCAAACUAGACAUAUUUCCUUCAGAAUAUAAGGUUGUUGUCCCCAAUUUGGAGGUCUUAAAACUACGUUCAGUCAAUUUUGAAAUACUCUGGGAUAGUCAACUUGUGGCAACUUCUUCUUGCUAUCAAAACUUGACAAGCUUGAUCCUGAAUGGUUGUGAAAAACUUCAAUAUGUAUUUUUAUCAUCCAUGGUGAAAAGCUUUGAGCGGCUUGAACACAUUGAGAUAUGCAAUUGUAGUGUUUUGAAGGAGAUUAUUUCAAAAGGAGUGGAGGCAAACAAGAUAUUUGUAUUUUCACGAGUAACCUUCCUAAAACUGAAGAAUUUGCCCGAACUUGCAACUUUUUAUCCUGGAGUACACACUUCUGAAUGGCCGGUGUUAAAGAAGUUGGAGGUGUGUAAUUGUGACAAAAUAAAAACAUUCAGUUCAGAAUAUAUGAGCUUCUCUGAUAAUAAUGAGGGUCAACAUGAUAUUUGGGAGAAACAAUCCCUCUUUUUGGCCGAAAAGGUUGUUUUUCCUUGUUUGAAAAUAUUGAAGCUUGGAGCAACUAAUUUUGAGAAGAUUUGGGACAACAAACUUCCAACAACCUCUUGUCGCUAUCAGAAUUUGAAAAAAUUGAUUGUGGAUGGCUGUCAAAAACUAAAAUUUGUAUUUCCAUCAUCUAUAAUCAAAAGCUUUGAGCAGCUUCAACACCUUGAGAUAAGUUGUUGCGAGGAAUUAAAGGAGAUUAUUGCUAAAGAAGAAACUGAGGAUACUACUACAUUUAUUUUUCCAAGGGUAGCCUUUUUGAAACUCAAAGAAUUGUCAAAGCUUACAACUUUCUACCAUGGAAAACACAACUCAAAUUGGCCCAUGUUAAAGGAGUUGGAGGUGCAUAAUUGUGGUAGACUAGACAUGUUUACUUCAGAAUAUAAGAUUAACCUCAAUUUGAAGAAAUUAACCCUAAGCAGAGCGGAUGACAUGAUAAAAUUGCUGCAUCAGUUUCCAGAAAACUUUUGUAGAUGUACAAUUGAGAUCAAACAGGAUAAAUCUACCAAUAUUUCAGUUGGCAUCCUUCAGAGACCGGUUAAGCUGGAAAAACUCAUUCUCACUGUCUGCUCAUACGAGGAGAUAUUUACACGUGGAGAGGAUGAGAAACAUACAAAGAUCUUGAUACAAAUAAAAAGUUUGGAGUUGCGUGGUCUUUCUGAUGCAAAGUACCUUUGGGGAAAAGGCUCCAAACUAGACUCUCUUCUUCAAAAUCUUGAAGUUCUAGAAGUAAAUUCUUGUGUUAGAAUGAUAAAUGUUCUGCCAUCCUCAGCAUCUUUUGAGAAUCUAACAGUUUUGAAUGUAGAUUCGUGUUAUGGAUUGAUGAACUUACUCACACCUUCAAUGGCAAAAAUAUUGGUGCAGUUGAGAGAAAUGGAAAUUCGUUUUUGCAUAAUGAUGACAGAAAUAGUAUCAAAUAAGACAGAAGAUGUAGCAGCAGAAGAUGAAAUUGUUUUUGGCAAACUGAAGUUGCUGUCACUUGUAGGGUUAAAAAGUCUCACAUGUUUCUGCUCUGGGAGUUAUGCAUUGAAAUUCCCAUGUUUGGAAGAAUUGACUGUAUCUGGUUGUCCUGGGAUGAAGACUUUCUUUGCAGGAAACUUAUACACACCAAGUUUACAGAAAGUUCGAGAAGAUUGGACGGAUGCAAGCAAACGGAGUUGGAAGGGUAACCUAAAUGCCACCAUACAACAACUGUACGAAAAAAAGGUUAACUCCAAGUCAGAGAAAUUGAUACUAAGUGGAAAAGACGUCACACUUAUAUGGCAAGAACAGUUUUCAAAACAUCAAUUUUCCAAAGUAAAAUUUCUUAAGAUCAUUAAGGAUGAAUCAUCUAACAUUUCAAUUGGAAUUCUUCAGAGAUUUAACAAUCUCCAAAAACUUGUACUACAAUCGAGUUCAUAUAAAGAGAUAUUCUCAUGUGAAAAAGAUGAGAAAGAUGUAAGCAUGCUCACACAAAUAAAGGAACUAAAGUUAUGGGGGCUUUUCAAUUUGGAGUACAUGUGGAAAGAAAAAUCUCAUCUGGACUCAAUUCUUCAAAAUCUUGAAAUGUUAGGUGUGAAGUUUUGCCACAAUUUGAUUAGUAUAGUGUCGUCUUCAACAACUUUUGAAAAUCUCAUAACUCUAAGAGUGUCGUAUUGUGAUGGACUGAUAAACUUAGUAUCCUCUUCAACAGCCAAAAGUCUGGUACGACUUGAAGAACUGAGCUUGUCAGAAUGUAAAAUGAUGGCAGAAGUAGUAUCAAGUGAGGGGGGUACAAAAGCCGAGGAAAUUGUUUUUGACAAAUUAAAGCUGUUGUCACUUUAUGAUUUAAAAAAUCUCACAAGCUUCAGCUCCGGUAAUUACGUCUUCAAAUUUCCAGCUUUGAAAAAAUUGAUAGUUUGGGAAUGCCACAAUAUGAAGACUUUCUUUGAAGGAGUCUUAAGUGUACCAAGUUUACGAAAAGUAAAACAAGGAUGGCAUGACGAAUUAGGAUGCUGGGAGGGUGCCCUUAAUACUACUAUUCAAUUUCUACACAGAAAAAAGUGUUCUGGGAUCAUCCUUUCUGUCGCAAAGCUCUCUCCUGGCCACGCAGCUUAUCGUUUCUUGGUAAGCUAUCAAAAUGGGAAGUUUGUGCUUGCAUACUGCAAGUUUCCUUGCGUUGAUUUGUUGGAACUUGCAAAGGCAUUUCUGUCCAAGAUCAAAUAUCAGAGCCAAGUUCUAAAUCAAUUUCAAUUGAUAUUUUUGUUUAUCUUGUCCAGCUUCUGGUUCCAGGUGUUCUGCUCCAGAAUAGAUUGUGGAUCCUCUGCUUCCUUGGUUCCCUGUAUUGUCCUGUCUUUCCAGAACCAACCUCUGCAAUUGCUUACCUGCUGUGCUUGUCAUGGGAUUACGGCUGCUGUAGGUUUCUUCUGCAGGAUCCAGUCCCAGAUUUUCUCUACUUCUCUGCCCAGAUUUUCUGUCCUACUCUCCUGCUUUCUCUGGUCGACUGUAGCAGCUCAACGUUUCUGCUUCCUGGUUUUCACUGCAAUAGAAUCCUGCCUUCCUUCUAAUGCAGUCUGUUCCAGAUUUUAUUCUUCUCCAGUGCUGCAGUCUGUUUGACUGAAUUUAUUCUUCUACUGGUUGCUGGGUUCUACGAUGGAGAUUUAUUUUUGCUGUGUUCCUCUUGAGCUGUUUUUUACUGGAGCUGAAGUCUGCACAAGAAAGCUGUCUGUGCAGUUCUCGGAAGAAGCAAGCACUACCAGUCUGCCUGCUACUUUGCCUUUCCGGAUUGUGCAGCAUUGCAGCCAUUUGGGUGAAAUCCUGCCAAUGCCCAAGCUGCCCAGGAAUAGCAGCAUUGGAUGAUUAUCAAAACUCCUUGAAUCUUUUUGCAUCUUGCUAUAAAUAUCAAUUAUCAUAUUGUGUUAA